AUGCGAAUGGCGCAUGACAUCCAAGCCGCAGUCAGCCGAGUCAGCCGAGUGGACUCUGAGUCUCUCCUGCUGGGGUUCUUGGAGAGCGAGGAGGUGUUGCGGUUGCCAUCUGGGCUGGCCGCCAGGUUCACCAGGUGGGAAGCUGAACUCGUGAGACUUCAGUCCUAUGGCCAUCGGUUCUACUUGCUCUCGAUCUCCUGGGAUGCUUUGCUUCAAGGAUUGGACCAGGAGGGCCUCAAGAGCACAGUGGACUGCUUGAAGCGACAUGGACUUGAGCCGGUGGCAGCUCUGGCUCUGCCAGACGAGCUGAGCGAGAGCGAGGCCGCUCUUGCGGCUUCGCACCUGGAGACCAUUCGCAGCUCCAUCCGUCUCUGGGUCACGCAGGUGAAGCUGCGGCAUGCCGGCAGUGAGCAAGAGCUGGGCCGACGCCGCAGAUGGGGCAGUGAGAGAGACGGGAUUCCUGACAUCACGGCCACAACUGAGUGCUUCUUUCUCCGUGUGCAAAAAGUACUUCAAGGACAUGCCCUUCUUGCACAAGAGCUCUUCCGAGAGCGAGGGGGCCUUGGCCCAGGCCGCGGUUCUGACGGCGAGCUGGGCAUCAUGAUCAGUGCAGAGUGGAUAGAGGCGGUUUCGGAGGCUUCUGAGGCCGCGACGGCGAAGAACCGGCAGGCUGCCGAGUGGAUCCUGCAAUCCCAGAUCGGUUCCAUCCUUUCACCCAUCUUUGGAGAAGAAACGCCUCUCACGCCGGACCUCUGCCUUUGCCACUCCUCCGAGAAAGAAAAUCUGAAGAAGACGAGCUUUCUGAUGAUCUCACACCACUUUGCCGGCCGCGUCCGUGUUUCGGAGAGUCAGACGGAGGUGCUGCACAGCAGUGCGUCGCCAUCAACGCUCGCCAAGGUCCUUAGCUGGCUCUCUUGGCACGGCUAUGUUCCGCCACGACAGGGUAGACUGGGCGGGCUGCAUGCUGUCGAACCCGCUGGGGGCAUCACCAAUCAGACCGCGACGCCUCGAGUGCCGCAUCGUGCAUGUGAAAAGAGUGUGCCAUUGAGAGGAUACUGGACUGGCGAGGUGGAAUCUCGUUCUCCUUGGCAGGUACGUGAAGAAGCAUUGAUUGCAAAUUUUGCGAAAGCUGCUUUGUUUGCGCAGCCGAGUACGGAGAUGGGGCAGCAUGGGUGCUUUUCUUGGAUGGAUCCUGAAAGCGUUCUUGUUACACUCGACUUUCUGGAUCUCUGCGUUUGCCUUGACAGUCGGCCUGAUGCGCAGAAGCUGGUCUCUCAAAUAAGUCUGGUUCCGUGUCACUCAGGGCACAAGGAGAAGGCCCGAAAGGAUUCAAGUUGGCUCCGUGAUGCAAGAUGGAGCUCGCUGCUGGACCAAGUCAUUGCAAAGAGCUCUCGACAAUACGUCGAAAAAAACGCUGAGACCCAGAGCACCGAGAGCACCGUCUCCAGCAUCUCCGAGUCGGCCGUCGACUUUUUCCUCCAGUUCCGGAGGCAGAAGCGAAGGGCGGAAGCGGCGGAGCCGGCGAUCUCGAGGAUCGCUGCAAGCACUCCGGAUCCGACCGAGACGAUGGAAGCCACCCUCGAAGCAGUGCUCCAGCUUUGCAAGGUUGGCGAAGAGCCGGGGCCGAGGCCCAGGUUUGAGAAUUUCGUGGCCUCCGAGGUUGCCAGAGUCCGCGCACUUGGGGAGGCCUUGCAGCGCCAGCCCAGGCCGCCAGCGCUGGAGAGCCCGGCGAGCCCGAGCCGCGCGACGAGCCAAGACGAAGGAAGCGGCUUAAGCGGAAGUCGCAGCGCUGCUGAUGGUGAUCUGGAGCACGUGCGUGUUCAGGCUUCCUUGGCUGCUUCCUGCUUCUGGUGGGGCGCGCGGACGAAGAGAAGCUCUCUGUGUGAAGAAAGAGCUUGA